AUGUGGUUCUGCGAUUUUCUCGUCGUUCAGUGUAUAUGGCCUAUAGCAACGCGCAUCAAUAGAUUCUUCAGUCGUUCCAACAAAAACAAGAGGCGUCCCAUAGCUGGCUCUGCUAUAACCAAGAACAAGGCCACCGACAAAGUUCUAGCAUGGAUAGACAAUGUUGCUCCUGGGCCGCCUGAGAAGGUGUAUAUGAAACCCAAACGCAAGAAGACGGGCUCCAGGAAGAAGACAAAGAAGGCUAAGAAGCGAAGAGGUUCCAAAGAUAGCACUGCACCAGCACAAUCAUAA